UGAAUACAUUUUUUAACGUUUAGUGUGGUUGUAUUUUUUUUAAUCUGCGUAUUUAUAAAAUGGCUGAGAAUCUUGGGAAGAGACCCUCCAAGGGAAUUUUGAAAACAUCAAGUAGUUUUGAUAGCCAUGAAGCACCAAGACCGAACAAAGAGACGAAAUGGGAUGAAAUGAAUAUCAUAGCGACAUUACAUCCAGCUGAAAAGGACUAUGGUCACAUGAAAAUAGAUGAGCCAAAGACUCCCUACAAUUAUGAAGGCAUUGGCAAUGAACACGAGCACGAAGAGCUUGAUUCAGCCAUUAUAGCAGAAAAGUUGGCAAAAAGUAGUAAGCCAAAAAUAUUUGAAGAAUCGAGUGACGAAGAAGAAGAGGAAACUCCAGAAGAGCGGGAAAAGCGAAGAGCGUUCGAAGCCAAGAGAAAGGGCCACUACAGAGAAUGGGAAGCGGUGCAACUGGCACGGAAAAAGCUUCUGGAAGAGGACGAGGAUGAAGAGGAGGAUGGUGAUGAGGGAGAUGAAGAAGAUGUAGAGGCUGAUGACGACGAGUCGUUGGACAGUAAUACUUCGGAGAACAACACCAACAGGAAAGAGGGUUGUGGCGCGAGGAGGAAAGGAAAGCCCAAAAAGACGUACGGUUGCUCGACUUGUGGGGCUUUCACCUCGUUUCGCAAGAGAUCCGAUGAUUCAGAGAAAAAAGCAAAAGAUGGAAGGAAUAAUGAAUAAAAGAUAGAAAGAAAACAAGGAAGAGACGCGUCGUCCCGGAUUUAUCGAGGCUGUUGGAAGAUCGAUCGAAAUUUACCGUGAGUCGUCGUCCUCCCAACGAAAAAUCUUUUCCGUCAACUUGGAACGAAAUCAAAGAAUAAAAGUAUAUCCACUUAAAUGAGAUUAUACGAAAGCAAUGAAACAAACAAAAUAGGAAAAUAAAUCCUCGUUAAGUCACUAGUAUUACGUCGAUAGUAUUCGCUGUAGUUAUUAAACCAUCGCCGUCCUGGAUUUAUAGAAUGAAAUUUCAAGUCUACUAUAGAUCCCGAGAACGAAAACACCAUUUUUAUAGAUUUCACAAAACGUCAAUACUUCAUUUAUUACCGGCCUAUUAACUGUGGGCUGAAAUUAUAUAUUAUUAUUAUUAUUAUUAUUGUCAUUGCUUUUUUUUAAUCAUUAUUGUUUUCUUUUUUAUUAUUAUUGAUUUUUCAAAUAAAAAUGAUGUUUCGACGAUGUUUACUGUACGAAGAGGAAUCCACGAAACACGUAAUAUCUUGUGAAUUAUAUCGAUGAAAUAAAACGAGUAUAUAACAAAGAGAAAAAUAAUAGUUUAGAACACGAGUGUCUCCAUUAAUUAUUGGUAUAGAAGUUGACGAAAAGUCUCUCGAGCUCUAUCGACUCCGUUGAAAAGUAUGAAAUUAUAUGUACGAGUACUGCAAUGCAUGUGUGUAUAAAAGGUGUUUCGUUUUGAUCGUUUAAUCUACUGCUUUUGUAUUUUCCAACUCGACCAUUGUCGAAUAAAACUAAAGGUUGCAGGGGAACGUCGGGGAGACGAUGAACCUUCAGGGCCAUUCAUUUUCGUCAGUUUUCACGAUUCAGAUCACUUCUAUUUCCGGUCUGACGAAUAUUUUUGAGAGAAAAAACAGUGGAAUACGAAGUGAAACAAAACAGAUGCAUUUUCUUUGCUGGAUCUUGUCGGAUUUUCGAUAAAAACGCUCUGCCAUUUGAGAUUUUUUCAUUUCAAUAAGACGAUCGAUGCAAUCUUUCGAAUCUUCUUCCGUUGUUGAGGUUUCGUGGAAAAUAUAUAGAACAAAGCUUCGGCUAUAACACGCGAAGAGACUCCAAACGAAGCUGCUAUGGACACGAUCGUUUCCAGGUUGAGUUCCUCCUGAAAUUUUGAGUGGAAAAGCGCUUUCGAGGCUGAAAAAAUGGAACACCUUUCAUAGAUGCAUUAUAUAGAAACAUUAAAAUGAUUAUGAACUCAUCGUGACCGGCGAAAAGUAGAAUGUUCAAAGUAUACUUUUGAGUAAGAAAUAAAACCGUUGAGUGGA